AUGCCGCCGAGGAUCCAUCUAGUCCGCCAUGCAGAGGGGCUUCACAACGUCGGCCGAGAGUAUUGGGAUCUGACAGACCCUCCUCUGACUGAUAAAGGCGGAGAGCAGUGUCGACAGCUCCGAGAUCGUUUUGCCUUUCACUCAGAAGUCGAGCUUAUUGUCUCGUCUCCGUUAUGUCGCGCCAUCUCGUCAGCAGCCAUCAGCUUUGGGCCGGUUUUUGAAAACCAACCUAGCCAAAACUUAAUUCUCCUACCUGACCUUCAGGAGAUCAGCGAUUUUCCUUGUGAUAUCGGAAGCGAACCGGAAGAGCUGAUGCGAAAAACCGCAAAUAUCAAUAUUCCAAUCGACUUCAGCUUCGUUGAAAGCUCAUGGAACAGCAAGAAUGGCCGGUACGGGCCCUCGAUUCCAGCAAUUCAAGAUCGGGCGCAGGCCGUUCGACGAUGGCUAGAAAGCAGGCCCGAGAGGGAAAUUGUUGUUGUCAGCCAUGGUGCCUUCUUGCAUUUCUUGACGGAAGACUGGGAAGAUAGCUUUGUGGAAGAAGGUCAGUCUUUUGCGUCUCCGAGCUCGGCACUUAAAAAUUACCUACAUACUGACAUCCUCCCUGUUGGGAUAGCAACCGGAUGGGCUAAUGCAGAGUACCGGACGUAUGACCUUCACAGGCAGCCGAAAUGUGGCCUCAACACGGCAUGUCACAUUAAUGAAAUUGCAUUGGUUGAAACUAAGGAAUCUCGUUCUGGACGUGGCAAGUCAAGCCCAACUCCACCGCGAGAGGAGCAAAAUAGACUACGUUUGGAAGCCCUCAAGGUGUGGGGACAGCAAGGGUACUUGUUUAGUGCAGCUGAAAGGAAAGUUUCGAACGGUAUGGAUUAA